CUCACGACUCGCGACAAAUGUUCCUGGGGUGGCGAGGAGCAUGCACUGCUAACAAUGACUGGACAAUACCGCGAGAACACUACAUCUGUGAUUUCAAAGCCAGACGCGGAGCCUGUGAUAACCGGCAAAGUAAAAAUUGAUGGGCAGGCUUCCCAGGGAACGGCUGAAUAUGAGAUACAUGAGCACGAGGAGCGGUUGUUGCCCCUGAAGGCUGAACAAGGUCGUGCGGUAGGGACCGGGAGGGAGAGGGGCGUGAGAAGACGAGCGUGCAAGGAUUCGCACGCGGAAAGGAGUCGAAGAAUGGAAACGCGGGAGGAGCACAAGGACGAGAAGGAGGAGGACGACGAGGAGGAGGAGGAGGAGGAGGAGGAGGACGACGACGACGACGACGACGACGAAGAAUAUGCGGAGAGCGAUAGUGAAAGUGACUGGGAGGAAGAUGGAGAGGGGAUCUCUAAGGACAAACGGAAGCGCCCGGUUCGGAGUAAUUUUCACCUCUGUAUCGAUUGGGAUCGUCCUGGGGUCGAGGUGGCCCGCAGGGAGAACGAGGAAGUCAAGCUAGGCUGGACGGAAUUCGAAGGCGGUUGGUACGCGUUGUCCGGCUUCUCGAAGACCAAGCAUGGGCACCUUGCGCUCAAGGGGUUCAUCAAGCCAGACGGCCACCUUUUCGUCUUCCAGGCCGAAGAUGUCAUCGAUGCCAGCGAGGAGUCUUCACGCCCUUCAAUGGGCACAGAGAAAGAGAUGAACAAACCAGCGGCAAGGCGGAGGAGAUUGAAGUUGACAAAGCCGAUGAGGAGCCCUGUGAAACAAAUCAAGGUUCCGAAGCCAUCCGCCAUGCACCCCCAGCACAUCAGCGGGCCGAACUCGAUGCAAAACUGGCACGCCAUGAAAGCUUGUAGCGAGCUUAUGACCAACCUCAUCGACCAAGUGAGAACCACGUUGAAGGAAGAGUUUCCUCACGACACACCGCCGCUGGAGCCCCCGCAGACCACACGGAACGAAGCCGGCGAAUUACACACCGUGUUCUUCGCAAGAAGCACCAAGCUGGCUGAAAUUAUUUUCAAGGAGGCCCGAACGAAGUAUGUCCGGUCGUACGCGCUCAAGCCCAAUAAAUACAAGCCAGAAGAUGUCGACCGCAACUGCUUAACGUGGGUUCUCAAGUUCAUUAACCACGGGUCGGGCAUUGAGCCUCAUUGCUUCCUCAGAGGUGUGUCUGGUGCAGAGAAGGCGAACAAUCUCGAAUGCAUCGGAAAAUUCGGCGAUGGACUGACGUCUGCGAUGGACCUGUUGGUUCGCUUGGCUAUCAAUGUGGUGGUCACAACCGCCGGCUUCACGACCACGGCCGUCCUGGCGACGGACGGGAACUCCUACAUGCAGCACAGCAUGAACAAGCAGACCGAGCGCCGGGUAGAUGUCACCCUGACGUUUCCGCCGGAUCUCCCCCCUGACAACAUCGACCCCGACCUGCUGGACCCCAUGUCCGUGUUCUUAUCCCCGAGCGAGGACGGCGUGAGCACCGUGCACGGCACCGUUCUUUUGGGCAAGGAGAUGAGGGGCAUGUUGCACAAUCGCGAUUUUCGGGUGGCAGAGAUGGGUUCGGCGUACCUGUUCGGGUUCAACCUCAAAGACCCUCGGCGAGACUUGAUCCAAGGCCGAGACAGAGGCGCGAUGAACCCGAAACUAACGCAAAAGGUGAUCAACAUGCUCGUUUGCGAAGCUAUACUGAAAAGCUCCAGGGUACGACGUCGGAUCGUGCUGGCGCUCACACGAGGAGGUCAGUGGACACCCUAUGGAGACAUUCGAGCGGGAACGUGGAGCGAGGAAGCGAUCGCUCUCAUUCAGAACGAGAACCUCGUCAUGUUCCCCGGCACAGUGCUAGCGAACCACCAACCGCCGCUCUGCGCGAUGAUCGCCGAAGUCAAGGAUCUAGCGAUUAAGAGUUGUCACCAGUCCCUAGACCAGGGAAGCGCGCUCGUGAGGGACUUUGUUAAUGAAGUCCGCAACUUACCGCGGGUGGGCAUCGGGCAGGGCGCUUCGGUGUCAGGGUGGGCCACGACAGUCAGGGAGGAGCUGCUCCGUUUGACGGGGGCGACGGAGUUCGCGGCCGUCGAUUUCCCUGGGAAGCUAGGGACGAGACACGUCGUGUGGGUGGAAGCAGACGUAGUGCUUGUUUCCCGCAGGAGCCUGGCCGUAAACCUAAGGCAAGAGGACGUCAAGACCGCCAAGUAUCUGCUCGACACCAUUUCGUGCUCAAUGGAGCGGGAGCUUUCCUUCGAAAAGCUGUCCGAGCGCGCCUUUGAGGUCUACCAUUUGAUCAUGUCCGCGUCAGCAGCAGCGCCUUCAAGCGAGGCGCCUAGCCCCUCGAAUGGUGAACUGCUUGCCGACGGACCCCAGGAAAAUGGAGCAAACCCUCAGCCGGGUGAACCGAGUGUGACGGGAGCAGCACCUGCGCCAGCGGACGCAACGGCCCCGGAGUUUGUCGGCAAGGGUGAGCAGGAUGGGGAAGGGGCAUCGGCGGCGGCAUCGGCAGCGGCGGCGGCGGCGGCGAACGAAGAAAGCGGAGAAGAAUCUGAUGGGGUUGGUGGGCUAGAGGUGAACGAGGCCGAUGGGGAUCCUGGUGCAGCUGCCGACGACUCGUCGGAAGACUCUGGCCAAGGAUCACAAGCAAGGAAGAGAGCUUGCGACGUGGUUCGCGAGCAAGACUCGGCGGGAGUGGAGACCGUCACAAAGCGCCAGAAACAAGGGGGUUCGGCGGAGGAAAACGGCAGCCGUACAACCCCUCCGAUUUUGGAGCAGUCCGCCCGCCUCGGAGAACAAGCUGCAGGGGCAGCUAUUUCUACCGUAUCCGUCAAGUUCGAGCCGAACGCAUCCGAGAUUGUAUCGUCUUCCCUACCGCAACAGCUCAACGGUAUCGAGCCAGCGCCAGCCUUGGGGCAACCUGGGUCUGCUCAACCCGAGGGGCUCGUCGACGGAAUCGGCAUGAGCCAAGAAGCUGAGGAAGUGAAGGAUGGGAACCCCUUACCCUCGGCGCUUGGAGAGGGGGCUGCACCGAUCGUGCCGCUGGCAAGGAAAGGCGAAGAGCUUGGAGCUUUCCUGGUUGGAACAAUGAUUGUGCCCGCCCUCUCCCAUGUCUUGCACGCCGAAAUCGGCGACGAGGGCAAGGCUGUCGACCUGUACAGGAUAGUUGGCUGCAAGCAGAACGGGGAGAACGCGUCGGAGAGGUUUUGGGCGGUGUUAGCAAGCGAGCCCGCGAGUAGGGUGCUCGAGUCGGCAGUGAAGCAGCAGGGAGUGGACAUAAGUUUUUUCUGCUGGGACAAACCCGACGCUCUGCGCGGUUUUGUUGGACACAAUGGCCGGAUUUUUAUUAACUUGUCUUCGUCGAAAACCGUCCAUGAGUGGGCGGAGGAGGAUCUGCCUACCAUGCUGGCGCACGAGAUGGCCCACCUGAGGUCGUCCACGAGUGGCGACGUGCACUCCCACGCCUGGUCAGUUGAGUUCCGAAAGUGGGUGCGCUCGGAAAACUUUUAGACUUGGGUGGGGAACAGAUCGUGCCUCAUCCAGGUAACUGUGAGGAUAGCGGCGGUACAAGGCACGGUCACAUUGAGCAUCACUGGGUUGUGUACCGUACGUCGGGCUAUGUAGAUAGAGCUGUUGGGACCGGAAGGUGAACAUAUUUUUUGUUUUACGUUUUCCACACAGUUGCGCGUGCGGCUGGUGCGGGCUGACCCCAGUACUCCUGAGGUCGUAUGUGUUGCGUUCAGCGUGAAUCUCGAUGGUUUUGCAGCACGACGUUGAUGCUACGGUUGCUUCGUUUUUGAGGUUAACGACGUGAAGAAUCCCGCGGCAGGGUGCCGGAGAUGGCACGUUUUGGUUUUCCACACACUUCGCAUGUGUCGAUGAUAUUUAGAUUUAUGUACUGUUAUUCGAUUCUUCCAUGAUUUCACUAUGGAAGAGAUCUAGAUACCUGGUACAAUGAAGGAUCCAGGAGGAAAGGGACGAGAGUAGCACAUGGGGAUGCUCAUCCAGUUCCGGUGCUGCCUCUCCAACAAAUAAAGAAAAUACCCGUCUUCAACGAAGUUACUCGC